AUGAAAAUAGUUCAUAUUUUAAAACACAUGCUUAUAACAGAUACGGAUAAAAAUUUCUCGAUAAAAUGCCGAGCACACUAUAAAACAUAUACUUCUAUAAGAAGAUUUACGCGCAAGAGUAUAGUAGAGCGGGCAUUGCUUAUUUUGUUCUGUGUGGCGGAAAUAGCUGCAUUCGAUAAAAUAGAAAACAUAUAUAACUAUAGCAUUAAGAGCAUAAUAAAGAGUAUGGUAAUUAGACCACUUGGGCCAUUAGAUUUUCUAAAUCGAAAGUUGUUUAAUGAAAACAAACUUACACUGAAUAAAAGACUUCUGGCAAUAGAAAUAGAACCACAUAGCAAAUUAAAGAUAUCUGGCCUAAAUCUAUUAGAAAAAAACUGUUCUUGUAAAGCAGAACGGGAGAUGGAUACGCUUUGUUCUAAUCUAUCAUCGCACAAAUAUAAUUUUCAGAGUUAUAUGAAUAGUUACCAUAGGGCACUUAUUAUAAUGUUUCCAUCAGAAAACAACAUUUUAAGCAUACGCAGCAGUAAAAGAAAAUCAUUUUUGGACUUUUUAGAGAAUGGAUUAACAAAACAAAAAUCUAUGUAUAUUCUUGCCUCUUUACUUCUUCUAUCGGAGGGAAUAGACGUUCCAGUAACUAUAAAUUCUAAUGAUAGUGAGGUGUUUUUUAAACUGGAUGAGAUUACAAUUGGUGAUAGUGUUAUUGGUAUAGACAUAAACCUAAAAGAAAGUAUUUAUGAUGAGCCACUUAAAAAAAAAGAAAAAUCUGUGAGAAGCAAUAUUCUUAUUAUUCUGAGAUAG